AUGCCUCUAUCCAAGCCUCUAUCCUUCAAGGUCAACGCCGCUCUGUUCGAUGUCGACGGAACCAUCAUCAUCUCGCAGCCCGCCAUUGCCGCGUUCUGGAGAGACUUCGGCAAGGACAAGCCAUACUUCGACGCCGAGCACGUGAUCCACGAGUCGCACGGCUGGAGAACCUACGACGCCAUCGCCAAGUUCGCGCCAGACUUCGCCGACGAGGACUACGCGACCCAGCUGGAGGCCGAGAUCCCAGAGAAGUACGGUGAGCACUCCAUCGAGGUGCCAGGCGCCGUCAAGCUGUGCAACGACCUGAACGCGCUGCCAAAGGAGAAGUGGGCCGUGGCCACCUCCGGUACCCGUCCUAUGGCCUCCAAGUGGUUCGAGCACUUGGGCAUCGCCAAGCCAAAGUACUUCAUUACCGCCAACGACGUCAAGCAGGGCAAGCCUUUCCCAGAGCCUUACAUCAAGGGCAGAGACGGCCUGGGCUUCCCUAUCAACGAGAAGGACCCCUCCAAGUCCAAGGUCAUCGUCUUCGAGGACGCCCCAGCCGGUAUCGCCGCCGGUAAAGCCGCCGGCUGCAAGAUCGUCGGUAUCGCCACCACCUUCGACCUCGACUUCCUGAAGGAGAAGGGUUGCGACAUCAUUGUCAAGAACCACGAGUCCAUCAGAGUCGGCGGUUACGACCCAAAGACCGACGAGGUCGAGUUCAUCUUUGACGACUACCUGUACGCCAAGGACGACUUGUUGCAAUGGUAA